CGAUAGUAGUUCAGUGGGAAACAUCCUUGUCUGCGGGACCCACCUCCGAGGACGUCAAAAGGGUCCGACGCGAGGGUCAAAUGAGCAGCAGGAAGGAAGGAAGUCGGGGGACAGGCGGUCCACAGGCGCACUAGUUCCCGAAUGGAACCCAUGGAGUGUCCAAUCAGCCGAACGAAGGCGUGCAUGGUACCUGGACCCGUGAGCACGGGCGCGGGAAUCUACCCCGAGAGUAGGAAGAUGCUGGCGCAAGUUCCUGGAUUGUCUCUUCUGGGCAUAACGGAUAGAGAGGCGCCGCGGGCUUGCUGCGGGGGGUGGGUCCCUCCACAGCCUCACUCACUCCCUCCCUCGUCGUCGAACUGCGACGAUCAUGGCUCUUAAACGACGAAUGUGAACUAGCGAACCAGAAAGUCUGGCCCUAGAUCCCCAAACUAGCACAAACGCAAGCAUGGUUCUGUAAGAAUCGAGGCAAUCUGACUACCUCGUGACAUCGCCCUCGCUUUUCGAUCAAAGGAGUCCUGCUUCGAUUGGAGGUCGAGAUCUCAUCUUUUAAUAUGAUGCAAGGAAACGUUGUUUUGAUCAAAUGUGGUCUUCCUCCGGUCGCCGCCUUCGAGUUGCUACUUUCUCCUCUUUCGAAGCAUUAGUGAGAUAUUGACGACGAUCUUGGACAUGUUUUGUCUCUUCACCAAGCUACUGGCUGCUCGAAGUCUACAACGGCUGCGCUUUUGGCUUUUGGUCUGGUCUCCUAUUCCUACUUCAGGUAGGCUCCUUGAUUUGAUUGCAUUCCUCAUGGAUCGUCCGGAGUUUGGCUCUCCCCUAAUCUUCUCUCUCUAAUUCCACCGUUAGAUUUUUUCUUUCUCCCGUUUGGACAUUGUGGGAGAUCGUGAUCGAUCGUAUUGGGCAUUCUUUUCCACUUUUCAUACGCCCAGGUCCAAUUCGUCUUUUGCAAUUAUGGUUUAGAUAUGAGAUAUCCUUCUUUCAGUCACCUGUAUGUGAAUUGGGAUAUUCCACAAGGAGUUUAGAACGAGGUGUGGAGGUGAGGUGCGACAGGCUGCAGCAGUGUCGUUCGUCAUGUCCAGUUUGGAGAUUCAGGAAAGCAAUGAUACUUUUGUUCCGCGUUGAUUUCGCGAGUAAUUCUGAAGCUUUUCCUUUCGAAGCUUCCAACGUCUGAGUGUUGGGGAGAUUUUCGAAGGUUUGAGGAAUUGGUUAGAGCUUGAGUAAGUAAUCAGCCAUGCCAGGGUUGGCACAAAUUUAUGUGUUUGCCCCUGAGCUUAGCUACAACUUGGAAGCCGUAGGUGCGAACAGGUUUGGGGAAUUAGCGAACAGGAACUCUUUACGAAGGCUUGUCGCUCAGCAUCCGAGGCCAUUUCAUCCUUCAAGCACUGCACGGGUACAAUUCAGUCCAUUCGAAAGUGCUGCAGGCAAAAGCCAUGAUACAUUCUUGGGCUUUUCUGUUAGAGAGAGAUGCGCAGUGUAUCAUCCGAUUCGAAGACUGAAAGCGGAAAGGAAGCGAAUCAUCACAUCAUGCAGUUCAUCCGAGAGUCUUGUGCAUGAGGACACUGUGACGAUUGCUGGCAGAUCCGUCGGAAAAGAAAGUUUGAAAGUUUUCGGCAUCGCAGUCUGCACUGUCCUUCUUGCCACGUGCAAUAAGGUCCUCUUUAAAAUGGCUUUGGUUCCCAUGAAUCAGUAUCCAUUUUUUCUGGCACAAUUUACCACGUUCGGGUAUGUGCUGGUGUACUUCUCAAUCCUGUACUUCCGAUUUAGAGCUGGAAUUGUGACGAAGGAGAUGCUGAAUUUGCCAAAGGGGCAGUUUGUUGCUAUGGGAGCUCUCGAAGCUCUUGGGAUUGCCACUAAUAUGUCAGCAGCAGCUGUUCUUCCUGCAGCUUCUAUCCCUGUCCUAUUGCAGACAUUUUUGGUAUGGCAGCUGAUUCUAUCUGCCGUUUUACUCCGAAAAAAAUACACGAAGGAGCAGAUUGUGGGCUGCCUGCUUGUUGUCACGGGAGUUAUUUUGGUUGUUUCCAGUGGUGGUGGAGCGGGGUCUACUCUUGAAAGAGGACUUCUCUGGCCGUUUGUGAUGAUGCUUUCUGCCUUCUUCAGUGCGUCAGCUUCAAUCUUGAAGGAAUCAGCUUUCAGGAAAGCCAACAGCCAACUGAAGGGCGGAUCGGUUGACAUAUUUGUGGUGAACUCAUUCGGCUCAGGUUUUCAGGCAUUGUUUGUGCUCCUCCUGUUACCAUUCUUAUCGAAGACAAGAGGUAUUCCGUUCGGUGAGCUUGUCGGCUAUUUCAAGGAGGGAGCAGCUUGCUUUGUAAAUGCUGGCUCGCUUGUACCAGGAUGUCAAGGAGCACCUCUGGUACCACUCUUAUACGUGGCUGCCAACAUGAGCUUCAACAUAUCAGCCCUCGCCUUGAUGAAAUCAUCUUCUGCAAUAGUUUCUUCUCUUGCAACCACCGCAUCAGUGCCUCUUGCAAUCUAUGCCUUCACCUUACCGCUCCCUUAUCUCGGCAUUCCUCCUCCCAUGCCACCUGGACUUUUCUACGGAUCAAUGAUCCUGGUGGUCGGGCUGGCUGCAUACAACUUGGCGCCGAAAGUGCCAGCGAAGGUUGAUUAGACGAGACUUCUCGGAAUUUUGCAGGUUCGCAGUUCUGUAAAGAAUAGCACUAUAUCAGUCGACAUUUAUCCGGGGUGUAUUUUAAUAGUUUGCAGAGAACAGUCGUUCAUUUGAAUGACUCGAAAAAAAUAUUACGCCAUUCUUUGUUUGAUUAUGGAAAUAAGUGGUAUUAUGCACCCCAGUUGUAGGGAGGGUGUAGUGAGAUCCAGCUUGACAUGAAAUGAUGUCAAGUUCAAGUAGAAUUUGUUCAACACGUUGUAAGGUACAGGUAGCAGAUAUUUGGUGACAACUAGUUCUUAUAUCAUUGUACAGUUCCGGCGUCCUUGAAACUUAAAGCAAGCAAGGGCCCUGCUCUGAAUGCAGUUAGCUCCAGAGCUCAGACUCUACGGAGAGUUUUGCUCUUUCAGUUCACAAAAAUCUCAGUGUUUGGUCUUGAGUCCACUUUGUGGAACUGCUUGUACGAAGGCAGCUGAUUUAGUUGAAGAUCAUUGCCGGACUUGGUCGGUGGUACCCAAGAAGUUCUGACGAUCCGAGUGUACCAGCCAGGCCUUCCAUUCACUCUCAUCAUCAUUAUCGGAACCAUUGCAAGUCGUUCCAGACAGUUUAUUUUAUUGUACGCACUCCUCAAAAGUCAAUAUACUUUACCUAUGGAUGUCUUGUACAUUUCAUCAUCAGAAAGCGUUCUCGUGUAGGAGUCGUCCUGGAACGCCUGACAUGUUUGAUCGAAAAUCCCAGCGUCGAUGCUCGCACUUCUCAUCAUUCUCUGUCAACUCAAGGGCUCCAUGGUUUGAUGAGGAAUGGGCGAACGGAACCCUCCAGACAUCCAAUGCUGGACAGUUUUGCCUCCACGUCGUCACCUGAUUCUGAUUUUGCCGAUGCUCGUGCACUGAAGCCUAUCAACACGGCAGAAGACGGUCGCCAUUCCUGCCAAAAGCUUCUUGUAGAAGGCGAGUGCUGCUCAGGAUCGACGAUUGAAUCGGACCCCUACAUGAUUCGAGGUGCCCCACAACGACAACAUGAUGGCCGGACCAGGCAAGUACGCAGCGCAGCCACCAUGAUGUUUGAGUUCCAUGUCAGCCCACGACCUACAACGCCGUGACCCGGCAACGAAGAUGCCACAAAAAGCAAGCACUGUUUCUACCAUCAUGGUGAACACUCCCCGCAUUAGGCUGCGAGAAUGGCGACUUCGCCCCGAACUCCCAAUCAUGCCAUGGAGGCCCAAACUCACGCGCGAUUUUGUAUUUUCGGCAAGUUCAUGGCGCUGAGCGAUGCCUGUACCGACGUUGAUUCACAUACUCUACAGGUCCUUCCUUCCGAGCCACUCAAGCUUCCCGAGGUGCAAUCUGUCGCCGGCUCAAGUGCUCCAGUCCAAGGAAUCAGCAGUCCCAGGGCUCGGCCUCAGCCCAGCCCGGGCACAGUGGCGACGUCGAGAACGAAGCUCGAGUGCCCGCCUAUCGAGCAUUCCGAAGACCGAG